UUUGCCAAGACGGCGGAAAUUUUGUGGCAACUUAUUUUCGUAUUGAGAAAUGAAUGCUUUUUCUGCUAGCUUAAAAGAACAUAUCCGAGAUCUAUACUUCAUAUGAUUAUGGAGGACGUUCCUGACAGUCAAUUCAACCCGUGGGUCGAUGAUGAUAAGGCGCUAGGUACAAUAAGCAGCGUUUUGAAAAUUGCCGAGAGAACUGGCCACAUCAAAGGCUUGAAAGAUGCUUGCAUCCCUGAUGAUGAUGUAUCCAGGAGGAGACUCUACUCAGAAGUUUCUUCUCUUAAAUUUAUCACCUUGCUGAGAGAAAUUUCAAAAACCCAGAAACAGCUGGAUAAGGCUAAUCUAGAAAUUCAAUGUCGGUUUCAAGAUAAAGAAACUAGAGAUGUUACACACAUGGACACACUUGAGAAGAGGUCUGCAGACAUCACCAAGCUGUGCACUCAUCUCCAGUCCAUUGUCAACAAUAAAAGUCAUUUAAUAGGAAGACUACAGCAGCCAUUUGUUGGGGAUUACCUUAAAAUUGAAGCAACGUAUCACAGGUAUGUUAGCCAGGUGUUUCCUAUGCUGGCUCCCAUACUGGCAGAGUUGACCAAUCAACUGGACAACAUAGAAUGGGCAAAGAAAGUAGACAUUGGAGAUGGACAGCUGGAGACUGUCCUUACAGAUAUAUCCUCUGCCUUGGCAUCCUUACAGACAAGUUUCCAGUCAGUUUGUCAACUAAGAGACUCUAUCAGCCACCUACACUCACAAAGCAUGGCAGAUGACUCUUGACCAGUUAUAAGUUUAGUUUUCAGUCUUUCAGCUACUACAAAUUUCUCUGUUGAGUCACCCAACCGAGAACGCUGAAACUGUUCUAAAAAUUCAUUUAAGAAAUAUUUUUCCAGUACUGUUGGGUGGUUGUUGUGAAAACUAAUAUGAACUGGAACUACCAAGGGGAGCACCUCUGCAUACUGAGAGCAGAAUUUAUUUCUUCAGACUGUUAUGCUGACAAGCACUGAAACAUGCUCUGUAAAUAAGUUUAUAAAAUGUAUAUUUUGUCCAUAAAAGGGUUGAUCUUGAAUCAAUAAUAAUUUGAAGUGGUACCAUAAUAUUUUCUGAUCCUGUGUGUUU